AUGGAUGAGACAGCGUCGCUCUUCUUCCAGCUUACUCCGCAGCAAUCUCUCCCGCCUCGGGUGAACGACGUUCCCGCAGCCGCCGAUUGGUUGCGAAGCUUCGCCGGUCACAGCUGGCUGGCUUACGGCGCAGGUGGCUGCGUUGUAAUCACAACCGCUCCGUGGCUCGUGCACGGCAGCGGCGCGCGAGAGGACAGCCUGCCACGUGGCGCCCGUUUCUAUCACCAGGUCCUGGAACUCCCGCCGUCGCUCAAUCCAGAAUCUGCUGAUGUGGAUCUCGCGAACCGCUCAUUCCCAAUCUUGGCUGACCAGAGGAGACCAGAAGAGGAAGCUGCAAGAAAAUUUCCGUGUGUGGAGGAUAGGGAUCAGGUAGCCGUUGUGACAUGGGCAGCACCGGAUAGCACCUUGGCGGGCGUUCUAGCUGCAGCUAAGGGAACAUGCAUUUACCUCUUUGCUCCGAGUUGCCAAGACAUCCCCCUCUCAUGGCGGCCUGCUCAGCUGAUCCAGUUCCCCUCCAAGGUCAUCUCCCUCGCCUGGACUGGUUCAGCAGACGGCCUUCUGAUCAGCGGCGAAUCGAAUGUCGCCAUGUGGCAUCGUUCCAAGAAGAAGCAGCAGAACGCGCCCCUGCUGCAGCCGCUGACGUGUCUGUGGCAGGUGCAGACAAGUGUCGCGCAGGGACUGGCUGCGACCUCGCUGCAUGCGGAUGGGUUUGCUGCUACUGCUGAUGUGGCAGUAGGAGAAGGAGGAGGAGGAGUUGGAGGAAGAGUUGGGACAGCGUGGGGACGGCCGAAGGGUGCUUCUAACGAGUGGGUUCUGCUGGGCUCGCUUCCGCCAGCUGUCCCAGGCAGUGGGGGAGGUGGAUAUGAGAGGGGUUUUGCACGGCUGGCAUGGGCGCCUGUUCUGCUGCCAGGUGGCGGCAGCGUAUUGGCUGUUGCUGGCACUGGGAGUGUGGAGCUGUAUCUGGUGAGGCGUAUACGUGAGGAAAGGGAUGGCGAGCAUUCAGGGGGGGGCGAGCAUCAUGGGGGGCAUGGGGGUCCGGGGGGGGGUUAUGCUGGUGAUGCAGAGGAGGAGCGUGUAGAGUGCAGCUGGCUGUGCUCUCUCACUCUCCUGAACGCAUUCCCUGAAGCACCUGUAGAGGAAGCUGCAGGUGGUGCUACCACAGCUGCCGCUACAGCUGCUGCCACAGCUGGUCCGUUCCUGGGUGUUGCCUGCCUGCCUCACACGCCCCACUCUGCCACCCAUUCUGCAUCCUCAACUCCAACGAAUUCAGCAGCUGCAGGUCCUGCCAGGCCAGGCAGAGGAGAGAGGAGGGGGAUUCGAGUGAGGGGUGAGGCAAGGGCGAGAGUGCACACAGAGAAGGAGUCCGUGGGAUUUAGGGCUAUUACUGACGAGGGGAAAGCAGGGGAAGGCGAGGAAAGAGCGGAAGGAGUGGAGGGAGCAGCAUGGGAAGAAAAUGCUGUUGGCUGGCUGGUGGGUGUGUGUGGAGCCGAGGGAGGAGGGGAGGAAGGAAAAGGAGGGGAACGAGGGGAGGGAGAGGGCGGAGAGGGGGUGGCAGCUGUAACGACAAGCACACGUGUGAUCAGGUUUCCCAGCAGCCGCCGGGUCACGUGCCUGCACUGCGCCCCUGUGAAUGACUCAAUAUGGGCGUCUCCUCCUAAAGCAGGUGGUGCAGGUGGUGCUUUGCAUCAGGGAGGAGGGAAACAUGCCGCUGCUGAUGGUACAGGGACAGCUGGUACUGCUGGUGCGUCUGGUUCUUCUGAACUGCAGGCAUUGCAAGAGAUGUUGAGUCGAAGGGGUUGGUUGGAGGAGGCUGGCGGUUUGCUUUCAGGGGCAGGAGCUGGUUCUGCAACUUCCGGGCAGUUUGAAUCUGGGCAGUUUGAGUCUGGACAAUUUGGAUCUGGGCAGUUUGGUUCUGAGCAGUUUGGUUCUGGGCAGUUUGCUGCCCGUUUUGGGCUGCCCAAGGGGAAGCACGCAGAGGAGGAGGAGGAGGGUCUGCCUUAUGAGUUUGCAGUCGGUGCCUCUGCUGGUGGAUUGGCUGGUACCGGGGUUGGCACUGGCAGCGGCACUGCUGGUUCUGGUCCCGGUCAGGAUCGGGGAAGCGUGUACCAGGAAUGGAAUCGGUCUGGGGGAAGGAUCCAGGAAGCUUCUACAGGGAGGCGUGAUUCAGUGGAGGCGGUAAGGGCAGGGGGGUGGAAAGCCCCAGGGUGGGCGGGGUGGGUGGAGGUGGGGCGGGUGGAGCUGGGGGAGGUGGGAUUCGUGCGGUGCUUGUCGUGGGCCCCACAAGGGGUGCUGCUGGUGGGGACGGGGCAGCAGCUGCUGGUGAUCAGCCCUCUCAGCCUCACCUCCAUGUCGCACAUCAGCCUGACAGACCUUGCAGUCGUGGCUUCCCGAAGCGGCAGGUCCGGGGCUGGCGCGCAGGCUCGGCCCGUGGCUCGGGUGUCCAGCCGCCUGUCUCUGCCACUGUCAGCUUCAGACCCAGCUCUAGCAGCCGCUCAGAGUGUUCUGGCUGGGGCAGGCACAGCAGGGACAGGUGCAGGAGCAGGAAUAGGGUCAGGAGCAGGAGGGGCAGGAGGGGGAGGAGGGGGAGGAAGGGCAGGGGUGCUGGGAGGGGGACGAGUGUUGCCAUACACUCCGUCUGCCCCCAACUUUGGCCUUCUGGGCAGCCCUGCGAGGCGUGACGCUAGCAGCAGUGGGGGACAGUUCACCAGUGGAACAGGAGAGGCAGGAGGAGGUGAGGUGAUCGCAGAAGCAGGGUCGGAAAGAGAGGAUGUGAAAGUAUCCGCGCUGGUUCGUGCGCUGGACGGCAGCGGGCGGCUGUUGCUGUCUGAUGCGGUGGCAGCAGUGGCAUCAGUGGUACCAGAUUACCACCCCACGGUCAUCUGGACUCUACUCAACCAGGGAUUGCUGCCUUCUGCACGUGCAUGCAUCCGCCACCUCUCGCGCUCCCUCGCUGCAGCCCAAGCCAAGGCUCACAGUGCUCACAGCCAGCACCAGCCGGUUAAGGGUUUUAUCUCUCAGACCUGCCAUGGCUCCUCGUCUUCCUCCUCCUCUUCCUCCACUGGUUGUUGCAUCCCUCCAUGUGUCCCCUAUUCACAGCUGUGCCUCCCUGAAGCCUCCUCCUCUGCCUCAGGUGCACCUGUCGCGAAGGCUGCUGCUGCUGCCUCGUCCGGACGUCUGUCGGGGGGAUUCGGAGGGGAUUUUGGGGGAUUUGGAGGGUCUGGAGGGGGUUUUGCUGGGUUUAGCAGCACAGGAGAAAGUAGUAUGGGAAGCAGGUCUGGUGGGGGUGGGGGGGGCGCUGGUCGGGGGACUAGUGCAAGGGCGAGUGGUGGUGGUGGUGGUGGUGGUGGUGGUGGUGGUGGUGGUGGUGGGUCCAAGCAAGCGUAUAAUCCUUUUAGUCUCGUGAACGUGAGAAGUGCUUUGGAUGACAGUGAUGGGGAGGAGGAGGGGGAAGAGGUGGACGUGGGAGGGAAGAGAGGGUCAGCUGGAGCAGGAGAGAGCAGCAAGGGUGCUGAUAGUGGUGGUGGAGGAGGAGGAGGAGGGUUGGGAGUGAAGGGUAGUGGCGUUGUUCCACCUGCAGUGCUGCGGUGGCAGCAGUUGCAGCAGCAGGUGCUGGUGGGGGGGCAAGCUCCUUUCACAGAGGCCGAAGCAACAGCCAUCUUCCAGGUGCUAUCUGAGGCAGGCGGGACCUGCAGCACAGGUACCUCCUCUGGUGGUGGUAGUGGUACACGGAUGGCUGGUGUGUGGUACACCUCUGGGUUGACAGCAGCGGAGGCGGACAUGGUGGUGGUGUUGUUAGACGUGCUCGCAGCCAUGGAUGGGGUGGGUGUGAAGGAGGAGGAGGAGGAGGAGGAGUUGCAGCAGCCUGAGGGUGGUUCUUCAUCGUCAGCAGUAACAGCAGCAGCGUCAGUGGCGCGAGCAGUCAAGGCUCUAGAUGAACCGGGGAAAAGGUUCUGGCUCGCACUCCACCUCUCCCGUGCAGCAAAGAAGCACCAGCAGCGCCGCGCUGCUGCCGCAGCCGCAGCCGCAGCCGCAGCCGCAGCCGCAGCUGCAGCAGCUGAAAAGGCCGCCUCAGCAGCAACCACCAGAGCAGGAGCAGCAGCUUCUGCCUUCGGCUCUUUCUCUGCCCGUAGGCUCAUCAUCAUCAGCAGGCCCGGGGCAGGUUCAUCUGGGGCAGGUGGGCUUGGACAGCAGCAGCAACAGCAGGGGCAGGGGCAGGUGCAGGGGCAGCAGGGGCAGGGGCAGCAGCAGGGGCAGGGGGAGGGGCAGGAGGGGAAGCUGGAGGUGGAGUCGCGUGCAGUGGCGUGGGCGGUGCACACGGAGUCAGUGGGUGAUGUGGUGAAUGCAUGCCUGCAUGAUGCUGACAAACCCACGUGGGCGGGUCUCAAGGCCCUGGGAGUCGGGUACUGGCUCUGCAACACCACGCAGCUCAGACAGCUGAUGGAGCGGGUAGCGCGGGCGCAGUACCAGCAGAGGCGGGAUCCCAAGGACUGCGCGCUGCUCUACAUGGUUCUGGACCGCCGCUCCGUGCUGCACGGGCUGCUCAAGCUCAGCCGCGACGACCGCGACAAGAAACUGGUGGACUUCCUGGGGAGGGACUUCACGGAGGAGCGGCACAGAGCAGCAGCUCUGAAGAAUGCAUACGUGUUGCUGUCGCAGCACCGCUUCGACCUCGCAGCCACCUUUUUCCUCCUGGGAGACGACAUCCCCUCCGCCGCCUCUGUGUGCGCCCGCAACCUCAACGACCCCCAGCUCGCGCUCGUGCUGUGCCGGCUGCGGGAGGACAAGGCGGGGGCGGCAGCAUAUUCAAAGGAUGUGAUUCAGCGGCUCUUGUUGCCAGAGGCUGUUUCGAAAGGGGACGCCUGGAUGGUCUGCACUCUCAAGUGGCUUAUGGGACAAAAGCUCGAAGCCCUCCAAGGCCUUGUCCUGUCCUCCCACUACAACACCAACACUCCCUCCCUCACUCGCUCCUCCUCCUCCUCCUCCUCCACCACCGCCACUGCCAGCUCAGCACUCACCCCGUCGCACCCCGCCAUGUCAGCAGCCGAGCCAGCUGGCGCUGAGGUGGCGGCGUUCUGCGCCACAGUGGCAAAGAAGCCAGGUCUGGGGGAGGAGACGGAGGCAGUGCAGAGACUGGCAGCAGUGGCAGCAGUUGAGGCUGUCAGUGGGGGCGACCACAUGGGACUUGUGCUGCAAUCUGUGCUCGAAAUCACCAAGCAGAGGGGUUUGGGUCCGGUUCAGAGCGGUGCUGGUCAGGCGCAGAGCGGUGCUGGUGGCUUCAGUGGUGGGGCACUGGAUUUCGAAGGCAUGAACGUGGGCUCAGGCAGCAAUGGUGCUGUAGGUUCCGGUGGAGCUGGUUUAAGUGUUCCCAUGGGGGCAAUGGUCGGGAAGACAGUAGGUUCGGUACCAGCGGUAGUGGGGGAGGGAUGGGUGAUGCCUGCAGUGGUGGCAGCAGUGCAAUCAGCCAAGCUGCGGCAGCUGCUGAAGCAGAGAGCUGCUGCCUGCCUUGCUGCUGCUAGCGUGGUAGACGGAGAUGUUAAGAGCGAGACCUUGCUAGAGCAGAAGAUAGAGGCCGAGGGGCGAGUAGUGGCUGCUCUGGCUCUCAUCUGCUUUGUAACUGCUGCCUGGAUGUCUCACCGCCCUCUCACCCUUGCUCGACUGCUCGAGCCAGUGGUGAGGGAGCGAGGCGGGGAGAGAGGAUGGAGAGGGGUCGGGGAAGGAGGGUUUGGUGAGAAAAUGGGGGGAGAUGGGGAAGGGGAGAGAGUCGUGCGGAGUGUGGGGGGGAGAUUAGGGGUUGGGGGGGUUGGUGGAGCGCCUGUGUUGUCUGGGGAGGGGGAGGAUUGCCUGGAGUGGUUUCUGGGGUUGGAGAGACGGUUGAAUGGGGGAGGUGGGGUGGCUGGCGAAGGAGGGGAGCGAGAGCAUGGAGGGGGGCUGGUGCAUACAGAAGGGGGUGUUAAUGGUGCAGGGGGGGAGAGAAAGGGAGAUAAGGAGAAGGAGGUGGGACAGGGCACAGCAGAACUUGGGGGGAAGGAUGAGGAGGGCAGAUUCGUGGGACCUGGACGGGCGGUUGUCGAGGGAAAAGUGGUGGUCCUAUCAGAGGACGACAUGUGGCGCGUUGUGGGCGCGUCAGUGUGGUCGCUAGUGGAGUGGUAUCAUCACAACCACAACCACCAGCAGCAGCAGCAGCACUGGCAGCCGCCGCACCACUUUGUUCCCUACAGCCCACCCCAAAGCGGCACCACCACCCCCACCCUCUCCACCCCUCCUCUCUCCCCCCACCUCCACCCCCACGCCCUUCUCUCCCCUGACCAGCACCAACACCAGCUGCUGCAGCAGCAGCAAUACCACCAUCACCACCAUCAGCAGCAGCAGCCCCCACCUGCCCCAUCCUCUUUCUUCUCUGCUUUCUCCCGGCCUUGGACCUCUCCCGCUUCCCCUGCCCCUUCCUCCUCCUCCUCCCUCCUCUCCCCCGCGCCCUCCCCUGCUCCCUCCCCCGCACCCUCCCACCUGAAGCCUACAGGGGCAGCAGGAGGGGGGAUGGCGGGAGCAGCAUCAGCAGCUGCUGCAGCGGCAGUGGCAGCAGCAGCCAAAGCAGCAGAUAGGGCAGGAGGAGAGGGUGAGCGAAGAACAGGGGCAGUUGCAGGGGUGGGGAGAGGGGGAAACAGAGACGCAGCAGCACAUUCCGCCCAUUUGUUUCCACAGGCGCUCCUACCAGAUGCAUGUGCUGCUGCAGCUGCGUCUGACGCGCUGGUCCUCGCGUCUGCACGCGUGGCGUCUGCCCUCAGGCGCCAGCUGGCGGCACACGUCAGCACCCGCAUGCACGUGCGUGGGGGGGGUGUAAGUUCAGGAGCGCGGGGUGUGGGCACCAGGAGCGUACAGCUUAGUGCUGCUGCGGGUGGCGGUGCUGGCAAUGGUGGUGGUUUGAAGGAGAAGGAGGAGGCUGUUUCUGCGUAUGCUCACCUGGCGUCCGUAGCAGCAGCGGAUGGGCUGCUCCAGUGGCUGGCAGAUGAACACUCGCUGCAUCACAGCCACCACCAGCACAACCAGCAGCACGGGCAGCAGCAGCAGCACCAGCACACUCACCAGCAGCACAUGCAGCAGCACAAUCAGCAGCAGAUGCACAGCAGUGGUGGCCUGGGCCACAUGUCACGGCACCAUGGCAACAUACCCACACACCCAGACGCACAUGGACAUGGCGGCGCUGUUGCUGCUGCUGCCACGACCCAUGCAGCCUCCACGCACUUGCACCUGCCAUCCGCCCAUCCCGGCACAGCUAGCGCUGCAGCACCAGGAGCAGCAGGGAUUGCACCAGGCGCCACUGCAGGAGGACUUGCAGGAGGAACGGCAGGAGGAGCGUCAGGGGGAACAGCAGGAGGGACGGAUUUCAGCAGUGUAGCUCAUCAUACCCGCGUUGAGACGUGCCCAUUGCUCCCUAACGUACCCCAUACAGUGCUCGAGUUCCCUGAAUCCGGCCCUGUUUUAGUCCUUGCUGCUGCAACAGAUGUUGCUUAUAUCGAAGCUGCUAGUAACGGGGCUGAAGCGCCUGGAGGUGCUGCUGCUGCUGCUGCUGGUAAGGCUGGUGGGAGGCUGGAGGGAGGUAGACCUGGGGUAGGUGUGUCAACACCGAGCCUGAUUGGUCUGAUUGGGAGGGAGAAGGAGGUGGAUGGAGGAGGAGGGAAGUGGGGAAGCGCAGGGGGGAGCAUGGGGGAUGUGAGGGAACAGGCGAGGAAGGCAGGAGCGAGUGAGGGCGAGCAGGGGGGGAGGGUGAAAGGAGGGGCAGGAGAAGAACCAGACGACAACAAGUCGGGUGAGGGGGGAGAGAGGGGAGAGGAGGAAGAGGAGGCAGGUGUGAGAUGGGCGAGAACAGCGCUUGGGGAGCCUCUGGAGGUGCUUAAAACGGGGGGAGAGCUCCUGGAAGGGGUCUGUGUGAAUGCACUGAAUCCGAGACAAGCAGUGGUGGCCACCAAUCGCAAGGGCCUCCUCUUCUUCGACAUUCAUUCAUCUAGCUCCUCUGGGAUCUCCGGUGCCUCUGCUUAUGCUGGUUCCACUGGUCACACCGGUUCCACUGGCUACGCCGGUGCGUCUGGUUACGGCAGUCAUGCGGCUGCGGCCGGCUCAGCAGUGUUUGACAGUCUCUGGGCGUCAGCCUGCUGGCCUGCUGAUAGCUACGCAGGCCGUGUUGCCACGCCCCCUCCCGCCCACUUCGCCCUCCUCACCCAUUCCCCUAGCGGCCGCAUGAACCUGCCCGGUUCUGCUGGUGCUGCUGGUGGUGGGGGUGGUUGGGGCGGGGCGGCAGGGCAAAGCGGGGAGAGCAUGGGAAGCAGUGGGCCCGGGAGCAUGGGAGGGGGGGGGGGUGUAGGCCGGCUGGGCGGGUUCGGGAGCAGCAGUUUCAGCAGCGCGAGCAUCGGCAACAAUCCUGCAAACACCUCCUCGCCCUUCUCCCCGAUAGGCUCGGCGGUGGGCCGGGGCGCGGCGGCUCGGGAUUCGUCUUAUGCGGGCGGCGUGGGGAUGGGGAUUCCGGGGUAUGGGGGGAUAGGCGCGUGGGGAUUGGGAUGGGAGGACUUGGAGGAUGCGGAGGAGGGGUAUGUGGACCCACCGGCCACGGCAGAGUCUGUAGCGGGGAGGGCGUUGGCAGCUCACCCUCUCAGGCCCUUCUUCCUGGUCGGCUCCACCAAUACUCACGUAUACCUCUGGCAGUUCGGUGCGCCAGCAGCCACGGCAACGUAUGGGGUGCUGCCAGCUGCCAACACGCCAGUGCCGCUGGUCAUCCCCUCUGUCACUGCCCUCUCCCUGCACCGCUACGGGGAGCGCUUCGCCACCGCUGCUGCGGAUGGCACGGUGUCGAUGUGGCAGCUGGAGGUGGGGGGGAGGAGCAACGUGAAGCCCACUGAGACCAAGCACUGCUUUGGGCGGAGCGCCAGUGGAGUGGCGUUCAUAGGGGCGAGCAGCAGUGUGCUGGCAGCGGUGGGGCAGAGCCCAUCGCAGGACAACCUGGUCGUGUGGGACUCCCUCGCCCCGCCCAACGCCUCCCGCGUUGCCAUCAACUGCCACCAAGGCAACAUCGCUAUCGUUGACAACACCAUCCCUGCUGCCGCCGCCACAGGGAGCACCGGGGGAGCAGCAGCACGGGGAGGAACAGGGGGUGGCAACGGAGGAGGAGGAGGAGGAGGACAGCUGUCGGCGUCUCAUUCGCUGAUCGUGACAGGCGGCAAGGCCGGCGAUAUCUCAGUGCACGAUUUCCGGUUCAUUGCGAGCGGCAAGAGCGGCCGCAAGGGGGGCGGAGGCGGGGGCGGGGGGAGCAAAGACGGAAGCAGAAACAUCAGUAACAGCAACAACAGCGGCGGCGGUGGCGGCAGUGGCAGCAGCGGUGGCGGUGCAGGCAGUGGUGCAGUGGGCAGUGGUGGUGGUGGUGGGUAUGGGGAUCGGGCGCUGUGGCACAUUCCCCGGGCGCACAGCAGCAGUGUGUCGGCGAUUCUAUCCCUGCCCGGCACGCCGCUGUUCCUGAGUGCGGGCAAGGACGGUGAGGUGAAGCUGUGGGACGCCUCGCGCUGCCAGCUGCUCAGGGAGUGGCCCCGCGUGCAUGAGAAACGCACUUUCCUUAAUGCCCGCGGCUUUGGAGCCGUCAUGCAGGUUGGUGUGAUGGAUAUGAUUCCCUCAACCCAUGGCCUUCUAACAUGUGGCGCGUUAUCAUCACUCCCUGGUAGUGCACAUCACCAUUCAGCGUUCUCAAGUUGCUCCUCUCGAUCCGCCAUGGCGCUUAGCUGGCUCACGCUGUUCCUCAUCGUCGUGCUCUUCAUCGUGCUGUCUCCCGGGCUGCUGCUCCAGAUUCCAGGCGACACACAGCCAAUAGAGUUCCGCAACUGGCGCACGUCUCUCGCGUCAGUGUUGGUGCAUGCAGUGGUGUUCUUCAUCUUGCUGCUUCUCAUUGAUGAGUAUUACUUCUCCAGUGCUGCUGGCGGCGGUGGUGGGGGAAAACAUGAUUAG